UCUAAAGUGUAAUGCAGGGACACUCUGGCCAAUAAAAUUUCCCUCUUCCAAUAAAGCUGUCUCUCCCCAAGACUGGGCAAACCUCAUUCUGAAGAGAAGGUGAUUGGCUAAUGGCUAUGGCUAUGGCUACUCAUCUCAGGGUUUCAAGAAACUCCCAUUUUUGGUGCCUUCUCCUCCUCUUAAUACAGACCACCACCUCAGUCUUCUGCUACCAAUACAAGGUUGGAGAUUUGGAUUCUUGGAACCUCCCCUCCUCUGCAAAUCCAAAAGUCUAUGCCAAAUGGGCUAAGGAUCAUGUUUUCAAGAUUGGAGAUUCACUGUUGUUCUUGUACCCACCAAGCCAAGAUUCAGUAAUACAAGUCACUGCUCAAUCCUACAGGGCCUGCAACCUCAAUGAUCCAAUCUUGUCCAUGAACAAUGGCAACUCCUUGUUCAAUAUAACAGCACCUGGAGACUUCUUCUUCACCAGUGCCAAAAAGGGUCACUGUGAAAAAUCACAGAAACUCCAUAUUUUUGUGCCUGGAGGAAACCUUACAUCUUCAACCUAUGAUGAUAAUGCAGCUCCACCACCCACUGCAGAAGCUUAUGCUCCUUCUUCUGCAGCUGCUGGACCUUCUGCCUCUAAUGCUUUCGGCUCGAGCCCACUUCACGCUUCCUCGUCUCCAUCGUCGAAGACUCCAUUCGUUUCGCUGCUCGUCUCAAUUGGCCUAGUUUUGCCCCUGCUGUUACCCAGAAACAUAUGAAAAAAGGCCAGAGAUAUAUGGUCUUUUGCUUUUACUUUAGUUCAUUCUUGAUGGAUUUACUGUGUUGUGACAUUUUGGUUACUGCACCAUUCUUUCAAGAGAACAAAGAUUUGGUUGUACUAUUAUUGUUAUGAAAGUGUCAUAUUCUUGUCCCAAAAAAGAGUAAAAGAAAAAAAAGUGUAUUCUAA